AUGGCAGGAACCCAAUACGAGGAAGUGCAUUCUGGCUCUGGGAGUGAAUCUGAGCUUGAUGUGGAUCGGCACGGGCCCGCAGAUUGGGAAGAGUCAAGUGAAGAUGAGGCCAACGGCUUUUUGGACAUCGAAGCGCAGGAAUCUGGCGAUGACAAUGACGAUGACGAUGAAGAUGAGUCGCGACUCGAUCACAUCGAGGAGCUGUUCCCUCAAUUCUGUCGGUUGCCUAUUGAACUUCGUUCUCGCAUCUGGGAUUUCUUCGAUCCGGAUAUGCGGGCACCAGCCCGUAUUUUUGAGUGUCAUAUAACGGAUAAUGGCAAGUGUCUGGAACUCUGGGCUGGCCCGACGCUAGCUGCACAGUCUGCUCCAGCAAGAGCUGUUCUCGGCACCCAUCGCGAAAGUCGUGCACUCGCACUGAAGUUCUACCCAGACAUAGCAGACCUCGGUCGCGGAGUGGCACAGAUUCCAUGCCACAAAUCUAGGGAUAUGUUCAUUUUACCAAGUACCAGUUGGACCCAUGGCUUGCGCCGAAUGAACGAGCUGCGUCCAUUUCUACGGGGAUUUAAAAGGGUGGCUUUUCGCGAGGACGAGGAAGAGUACAUCCCAGGAGACGAUGCUGUCGUCCGUCUGCUUUGGACCUCUCCAUCUACGACAUUUCCAGAUUUGGAGACAAUAUACUUUGUCACCGGUCACUCAGACUAUCGACAUACGCACCUACAGUGGUGCGUGCUUGGUUCAUCCCAGCAGUUCUACCGCAAGACUCAGGAAGAAGGGUUAGGAGAAUGCAGAGAUAUUGAAACAAUGUAUUGCUGGCCUAAAGCGACAGGUAAUGUCUUGGCCGCCGAUGUCAACCCUACCGAAGGAGAUCCUGAAAGUGAGUUUACAGAGACAGGGCCCUGUACUGCCCAGGCAGGAAACGGCAUAAAGGCAUUCCAGAUGGUUGAAUUCAUGUUCACGAGCGGAGUUCAACGAUUUGAAAAGCUCAAGACAGCCGCCCUUGCCGGAACUUUUGAGGAUUAUCAGAGUUCCGGUAGCGAGGACUCAGACUUGGAAUCGGAAAAUGAGUACGAAAGUGAGGGCAUCGACGAUGACUCAAUCGACGAAGACGGCGGUGAAGACGAGAGUGAGGAUGAUCUAGUGGUGCAGCAUACGUCGCCACUAGUAUCCUCCUUCGGCGGGUUCUCCCCCCUCCAGGGCGAGAUGGAGGAAGAUGAAUCAGGGGACAGGCCGAGAGGGGCAGACUUCUCUAAUCUCAAAUCGGAUUCGCCAGAUAUCAACCAAGAAGAGGCGUCGGACUCUGAUAAUGUGCCCGCACAAAAAAGACGCCAAAGACGACGGGUUAUGGCUGAUUCGGAGGAUGAGGAAAUUGAAAGUGGUCCAUCCGAGCUGGUAUCUCUGGAAAAGCAGCAAGCUUACGCCCUCACUUCAGAAUCAGAGGAUGACGACGUGGCUACUCCACCAGGCAGACAGAUACGUUCAAAAGUCAAACGAAGUCGCGCAGUGCUUUCUGACUCUGAAGAGGAUGAAGACACAGAACGCGUCGACAGUGGAAGUUCGACAGCAAUUAAGGCACGUCAUAUCCAAGAGGAGUCGGAGAGUAGCGAAAGCGGCGCGGACGAGUCGGAAGAGUCGUCUGAAGAGUCCUCCGAUGAAAGCUCCGAAGAGGAUGAACAACCGAGACAGUUGUCGCUUGCUGAGAGAAUUGGUGCGUUCCGUGCAGCAGUACCCAUUGGCGAAGGAGACUCGGCUUCCGAAAAGGAUUACGACGAGUUUAACGACGAAGGUGGUGAAGGCGAAGCCGACUAUGAACGAAAUACCUAUGGUCGAAGCGGGUACGAUGUAUUUCAAGACGACGAGGAAGAUGACGAAAUCUCCGACCAUGACGACGUGAUCUUAGAGAUGGCCGAGGACGGUUCAGACGAUGGCGGAGAAGAUGAAUCAUGA